CACUAAUGACAAUGACAGUUAUUACGUCAAGCCGCAAUUGUCAAUGUCAAACACUGCACACAUCGGCAUUUCACGUGUUCACAGACGCAAUUUUCUUUGCACACAAACACAUUUCGGUUCGUAAGUGUUGUUGAAUAUUUUGUCAUUAAAAUGACAUACAAACGAAAAAAAUAUCACCACGGUGACACCCACCUGAAGAAAAGGUGGAGAGUGAGGAAUCGGAAGAAGGAUCUUGAUCAAAUUGACGACGAUAUAAAAGAAGAAAACGCCGAGAAGUUAUUAAAUCAAAGUGUAGACUUGGACCUGCCGGGUGCAGCGCAGCAUUACUGCUUACAUUGUGCUAGAUAUUUCAUAAACGAGCAAUCGCUUAACGAGCACUUCAAAACAAAAGUCCACAAGCGAAGGUUGAAGGCGCUUGAGCUCGAGCCCUACACUAUCGAGGAGUCAGAACGCGCCGCAGGACACGGCAACUUCAAGCAGGCGGCUAAAAGAAAAAUAGUCUCACAAAACACCGAAAAAGCAGAUGCGGAUGGUGAUGCAAUCAUAGACGAUAUAAGCCCAAGUAAAAAGCAGAAAAUUACGCAAGAUGCUGCGUAAAAGCUUUACGAACGUAAUUAUUAAGGUUAGGGGCUGUAACAUACAGCCAACAAGGAAUUCUGCUCUAUUUGUAAGUGGUGCCAAAGCUACUGAAAACUUUAUUUACAUAACUCCACAUGUUGAUUUCCCUGAAAGAAUACAGGACAAGAAGGCUUUACAAAAAGUUCUGCAAAAAAGGAAGGCUGAUAUUGACCUGGCCAAGGUAGAAGGUCUCUGGCAGGUUUAUGAGGACCUCAAUGCGAAGAAAGCAGAGUAUACCAAGAAAAAGGAAGAGUUAUCACAAGAACUUGGGAAGCUGAUCAAAAAUGAACCAGACAGUGAAAACACAAAGAAACUUAAAAUGCAAAGUGAUCUCAUUAAAGAAAAUAUUAAGAAAUUAAAAGUACCUCUAUGGUCAGCAGAAGAAGCUGCUAUGGUUGAAGCCUUAAAGAUACCAAACAAUUUACAUUAUCGCACACCAGAUAGCAAAAACAAAAUUUUAUACUCACAACUUUCUCGCCCCAAGAAAGAGAAGAACCAUCUCAGAAUAGGCAAACUAAUGAAUAUUCUUGACUUUAAAAAGAAUGAGAAUUACUAU